UUGUUCCUGAUUUUAGACUUGCAGCUUAGAGGAUGACGCUCUGCACCAGUAUCACUGGCUACCUUCAGGAAUUCUUUGUGGGAAUAAUCAUCAUCUGCCUGGUUGGGUUAAGCUACAUCCAGCUAAAUCUCAAUUCAGAGGAGAUGUGUGCCUGUAUCCAGUGUAUGGCAGAAAGUGAAGAGGACCCCUGGUUCACGGAGCGCUACAAGAACCUGGUGCCAAAAUUUCUGUCCAGGCAGAACAGUGAGCUCAGUCCGAACACCAGGAAAUGGUGGGAGAGGCUUCAAGGUAGACCUACUAAAAAGAACUACAGUGCAGUUGUGGAGACUCUCUUCUCGCUGUUCCCUGAUGAAGAACACUACUUAGAUGCUGGCCCUCACCGCUGUAGAACCUGUGCUGUGGUGGGCAACUCUGGAAAUCUGGAAGGAUCUCAUUAUGGCCCUCUUAUAGAUGCCCAUGACUUUGUCAUAAGGAUGAAUAAAGGCCCUACUGCAGGCUUUGAAAAGGAUGUUGGGUCAAAGACCACUCACCGGGCCAUCUACCCUGAGAGUGCUGUGGACAUGGACAACUCCACCCACCUCGUCCUAGUACCUUUUAAAAUUCUGGAUCUUGAGUGGCUCAUCAGUGUCUUCACCACCAAACACAUCACACGCACACGUUCUGCAGUGAAAAACACAGUACAAGCAGACAUGGACAAGGUGAUGAUAUUACAUCCUGAGUUUAUGAAAUAUGUCUACGAGAUCUGGCUGAACACAAAAGGGAAAUAUCCUUCUACUGGCUUCAUCAUGCUUGUGCUCUCCCUGCACAUCUGUGACCAGGUGAAUGUAUUUGGAUUUGGUGCCAAUAAAAAUGGGAACUGGUACCAUUACUUUGAUAAAAGAUAUCGUCAUCUUCUCAAUACGGGCAACCAUAGAGGAAGCACUGAAUACAACAUCACUCUGAAACUCCACCAGAAGAACAAGAUCCAGAUGUAUAAAGGAUGGAGCUGAUUGCAGGAUGUGUGGGGUUUAACCUUCAAUAUCAGACUCCGACAGUACUCAUGCAGUAUACUAUGGGACAUGUAUGAUAAAUCCUUUGUGAAUAGAAAACAGUUGGCAAUAUUUCAACCAUUUAUCAGCAGAUGGCAUCUUAACCCGUCUUCAGAAGCAGUGCAUACAUGCAGGGGUGACCACGGGUAGUGAUAGACCUGACCAACCAGGCUCCUUCCUGAAUGGGUCCCUCCAAAAGACUCAGAAAUAAACUUAUUUUAGUUCUAGUAUCACAAGACUGCGUUUUCCAUGAUCAUCUUUUAAAGAUGCAACUGAAGACAUGAGACUAUAUAUAUAUAUAUAUAUA